CCUUUAACGACAUACCAUCAGUGACGGGGCGGAAUCACGUAAGCUAAGAUUUUAUUGCGCAAGGACAAUCUGCUGCAAGAAGUGUACAAAAAAAGAACUCCAAAACUGUAUAGUUAUUGUGCCUGUACUUCUGUGAAGUGUGUGUUGGACUUUCAUUUGCAUCUAGUGAGCUAUAGAAUGCCUCCUGUUCUUCCGAGUCAUGGUCAGUACGACCUUAUUGUUAUUGGUGGUGGUUCCGGAGGAUUAGCCUGUGCUAAAGAGGCUGUACAACUAGGAGCAAAAGUAGCAGUCCUUGACUAUGUAACACCAUCUCCACGGGGUUCAGUUUGGGGAUUGGGUGGAACAUGUGUGAAUGUGGGAUGUAUUCCCAAGAAACUUAUGCACCAGGCAUCUCUCUUAGGAGAGGCGAUCAUUGAUUCAAAAGCAUAUGGUUGGGUACUCCCAGAAGCAAAUGCAAUUAAGCAUGACUGGCAAGUUUUGAGGGAAGCCGUCCAGAAUCAUAUCAAAUCUGUCAACUGGGUAACAAGAGUGCAGUUGAGAGAUAAGAAAAUUGAUUAUUAUAAUGGACAUGGUCAGUUUGUAGACCUACACACUGUGAAGGUUGUUGUGAAGACUGGAAAGGAACAUACACUGACUGCUUCUCAUUUUGUGAUUGCUGUUGGAGGCAGACCAAGAUACCCUGACAUUCCUGGAGCACUUGAAUAUGGAAUAACAAGUGAUGAUAUUUUUAGUCUGGAAAAUUCCCCAGGGAGGACAUUGGUUAUUGGUGCAGGCUAUAUUGGACUGGAAUGUGCUGGCUUUUUAAAUGGCCUUGGUUAUGAUGCUACAGUGAUGGUUCGGUCAGUUCCCCUCCGAGGUUUCGAUCAGCAGAUGGCAGGAAUAAUCACAGAUGAAAUGAUGUCUAAAGGUGUUAACUUCCUUAUGAAGUGCAUUCCAUUGUCGGUGGAAAAGAAGAAUGAUGGCAAACUUCUGGUAUCUUGGACUAAUAUUACCGAUCAGAGUACUCACUCUGACGUAUUUGAUACAGUGCUCUUCGCGGUUGGUCGAAGAGCUCUUACAAAAGAGCUGUGUGUUGAGUCUGCUGGUGUGAAAACUGUGCCAGAGUCUGGCAAGAUCUUUGCUGAAAACGAACAAACUAAUGUGAAGCACAUAUAUGCUGUAGGAGAUGUCCUGCAUGAGAAGCCAGAACUGACACCAGUGGCCAUUCAAGCAGGAAAGUUGCUAGCCCAACGCCUCUUCAGCAAUAGCAAUGAACAGAUGGACUACGAGACUGUCGCAACAACAGUUUUCACUCCACUAGAGUAUGGUACAGUGGGUAUAAGUGAGGAAGUAGCCAUAAAGAGAUAUGGAGAAGACAACAUAGAGGUAUUUCAUGCAUUUUACAAGCCUACAGAAUUUUCGGUACCACAACGAAAUGUCAAGAAUUGCUACACCAAAGUGAUUUCCAAGAGGAAAGAUCCACAGAAAGUGCUUGGGAUGCACUUUGUUGGCCCACAAGCAGGGGAAGUGAUUCAAGGAUUUGCUGCAGCUAUGAAAUGCGGACUGACAAUGAAGCAACUUCAGUCAACAGUCGGAAUCCAUCCAACAGUAGCUGAGGAGUUUACAAGGAUAUAUAUAACAAAGAGAUCUGGAGUAGAUCCAAAUCCCCAGAGUUGUUGUAGCUAAUUAAUUUUGAUUAUAAAACUGUUAGGCAAUAUGGUGAUUCUGAGAAUGUGAANUAAAUAUAAUACAGUUUUUAAUAUUAUACACACUGAAGUUUUAGUCCUCUAAAAUCUUGUUAAAAAUUAUCCUGAUUCCAGAUUAUGGCACAUAAUUUAACAUUCUGGCCAACUCUGUUGUGUUACCUUGUUGAAUUAAGUUUGUACAAUAUGAACAGUUUUGUAUUGCUUGAAAACCUGGCCAUGUGACUCAAGUAAUGUUUGAUGAUCAAGUUGUAGUUUUGUAAAAUGGAGUAGCAGGGUUGCAUAUUAGAGAGUUGAUACUUCUUUUGUUUGGCUUUACAGAAGUUCUGAAUGAAUGUAAGGGAGAAUGAAGUUAUAUAUGUACUUUAAUUUAUAUAAUGUCAGAUUACAAAUAUUUUAAUAAUUUAUAUAAUGUCAGAUUACAAAUAUUUUAAAUUCAUUUUCAUCUUCUAUGUAAUAAUAAAACACACCAUAUAUGAU